UGGUGCCCCCUCCCACGGUGUUGGUAUCUCCUGGUAGCUAUUUAAACCACUUGCAGGGCCUGUCGUUGCUUCGUGCUGCUCAGGGUAACUAAGGAGAAACAUCUGGCAGGCUGUGAUGAUGGAUUAAGCAGAUGCCCUACAGCAGUCGCCACAAUGAGUGCCUCCCAGUGAAAAGUGGGGCAGGCAGCCUGGCCGAGUGACGGAGCCGUGCCAGUGUCAGGUGGUGGUGGACGCUACAGACGCUUUUUCCUACUGAGCUUGGCAGAGCCCAAGACAGUACCAUGGUAACCCUCAUCACCGAACAGCUGCAGAAGCAAAGUCUGGACGACCCCAAAUGCAGGGCUUUUAAUCUCAGCCUGUCAGUGCCUGAUCAUUCCAGCACAGGAGUCUGCUGCAACCCAUUUAAACCAGAGAACGGUAGUUGGAGCAUAUUGAACCCUUCACCCAAGUCCGACCUCCAUGACAGCAUGGGUUUCAAUGCAGUUAGUCACACAACUGGCUACAGCUUUGGCACCAGCAGCUACAGCAGUAGCAACAACAGCGGGCAUUCCCUACAGAGAUUCCAUGUGCCCAGCACCUCCGUCACAGACCUGUCUGCUGCCAACCAGGAGAGCUCCAGCACUCCUCCUGCGCCCCCCACUAAACGGCACUGCCGCUCGCUGUCUGUACCCGAGGACCUGUCCCGCUGCAGAUCCAUCUGGCGACCCAGUGGCUCCAAAAUCUGGACCCCCGUCAAGCGCAGGUGCAACAGUGGCGGGGGCGGUAGCAGCUGCCAGCACCAAGGGGUCCAGCGCCCAUCUAGCCUGCGACUCCAAAAGGUCAAGAGUGCCUCCCUGCACUCCGUCAAAACCAGCAGCCCAACUUUCUUUAGCCUGGCCCUGUCCCCAGAAUCACCCAUCCCCUGGACCUUCUCCCCAAGCAGCGGCUUCGGGGACUACUGCUCCUCCGGGCUUCCACUCCACUCGGAUUCGGAACCCUGCUUCUUUCCCUUCCCUCCUUCCUUCUCAUCUUGCUCUCAGCGGAGGUUCUCUCUGUCGCCUGUCCACAUCCAGGAGGCAGCCCAUUUCCUUCCCCCAUCGGCCAGCAGCACACCCUCCUCCACCCCAGAGCUGGGACGCCGUGCCUCGGGCCUUCUCCCCCGCAGCCAGUCCCAGCCUUGUGAUCUCGACCACCGCAAGGCUGGCCUCAAGCGCCGCCGUGACCAGGAGGUGCGAUGGAGUCGGCCAGUGCUUGACUUCUUCAAGAUGAACCAGACACGGAAUUGUACCACCCCAAUUUAUUUAGAAAUCGAGCGAGAGAGUUGCAGUGACCCUCGGAAGCUUGCUUCCUGUGAGGAUCCCUUUGCCGACCUGGUGACAGACAUGUGUCCGGAGGUCCUAACAACUGUGCAGUACUGUCCCAGCAGUGGUGCCAUCGGGACUCUGAGCGAGAGUGAAGAGGAGGAGGAGUCAAAGAACGAGGCUGAGGAAGAACAGACCAUCUUUCAGAGAGACAUUACAGAACUGGAUUUAAAUCUUAUUGAGGAAAACUGAACGCUGAGAGUACUCUCUGGAAUAUAAAACAAAGUGGACUGACUAGGCCACAAGCCUUGGCCUCAAAUUGGUGGUGGGGGUGGUGCUGUGUUUUCAUAAAUACCAAUGCAGGUAGCCAUCAAUACUGACCCAGUGGCUGAAAAACAUUCCAUAGCUUGGCCUUCUGUCUCUCACAUUCUUUGUUUCUUUCACGGCACUCUCUCUUUUUAAAAUAAUUUAAUUAAAUAGUUUGAGAAGUGGAGAAUUAGAAGUUUUCUUCUUUUUAUAAUUAUUAUUUUUUAUCAUAAUUGAAGUACAAAGAGGCAACAUUCAAUUGAAGUUUGUUGAAAAUGGCAUGAAAGUAAUCUGUUUUUGGUCUAAUCUUUAAUGUGGAAUCUAACACACUCGGAACCCCCUUUUAAAGAAGACUUGCCAAUGGCUUGGAUUGGAUUUUGUUCAGUUCUAUUUAUGUUAUGAAAUAUAUAAUUAUUUUUUAAAUAACUGUAUCAAGCACAGGAACUACUUUCAUAUCUUCAGUCAAAAUCGGAAUCGUUUCAAAGCGUUUGAGAGAACGUUGUCACAGAAUGUGGUAUGGAAGCAACAGAGCUUUUUGUAAUUGUUUUAGCUGCCACUGCUUCUCUUGUGUAUAAAAUUAACAAACAUACAGAGCUGCUCCCAAGCUUUUCUGGCCAGUGAUAUUCCUAGUAUGGUUUUGAGCAGAGCAGCGAGCCUCAUCUUUAGAGUUCAGAGUCUCGGAGCCUCUUAUUUUAACGCUUUUUAACAUCAUGUUGAGUAUCUCUUUAUGAAUAUAUUGUGGAGAAUAUUUAAAGUGUUUUUUUUUUUUUUUUUAAAUGUAAAUUUACUUUUAAAUGGUGUUAAUUACACUUGCGCAAGUCACGUUUAAGAGUUAGAAACAAACUGCCUGUUUUGAAGAAUCAGGACCUCGGUCACAAGCAAUCUUGGUCCCAAACCUCAAGACAGAAACACAGUAAUCUUAAGUGACUACGUUUAACACAACUCUGAGGUUGUGUUUAGUGGGUUAAAAAGAUGGCUUAUCAAAAUAGAGGCUCCCGCGUUUUAAAGGAGGAAACAAUGAAUCGCCUUGCCUCUACGCUGCUGCUGAGCGGUGACACCUUGUAAUCUAUUAAAAAGCUAGGAUUGUGGUCCUUGAAAGACGUACUCAAUAUGUAAUGCUGUUAUAAACUAAAACACAUGUGCUAUCGUGAUUGAAGAAUUAAGUGUUGGUAUGUACAAAGGGCAUCCAGAUCAGUCUUAAUUGUAAUAAUUUGCAAUUGAAGGCUGUGCACCCAAUUUCCUGUGCCCUUAAAACAGUUACAGAAAAAGUGUGUGUAGAGCAGGUAAACGAGAUGUACAGUGUGGGCAGGGAGGUGGAUAAAGAUACAUUUUGAAUGUAAAAAUGUUCGUUUUGAGAACAUUUCAGGAAGGCAUCUGUGCCAGUACACUAGUGUAAGCUCCUUUGUAUUUCUAUAUAGCUCAGGUUACAGUCUUUUAAGCAGGUGGGGAUAUUCCUUCACCAUUCUGCAGAGACUACAGUUGUUAAGGAAAGUUUUUGCAGGUUUUAAUUUUAGAUAUUAACUUUAUAGUACUGACCUAGGAUUUAUGAACUUUAUGACUUGCAGAAAGUCAUGUCUUAUGAUUUGGGUUCAGCAGUGUAACAACUUGUAUUGGUUCACUUUUCCUCUUUUGCAAUGGCUAAAACACAUGUGUGUUUGGUUCUAGUGAGCGGCUCUGCACAAGAAUGGAAUAUUUCGGGUGCCAACACUCUAGCACAGACUCCUUCUAUGGAAUUUUGCAAACCCUGGUUGUUGAAAAGCUACAUUUUAAUGCUGGUUUUGGUUUGUAACAUUGUCUUGAGAAAAGGCCUCUGCUGUAGGUGGUCUUGUUUUUCAGUUUUAAACUUUAAAGAGGUUUGAUUAUUUCAUGCUCUUAAAUCUAAUCAUGGAACCAGUCUACAUUCCAACCCAGUUGCCUUAGGUGUACCAGGUUAAAAAGUUCAUGGAAACAUUACUGGCUUUUUUUUACACAACUCCUUAAAAGCCAGAGAUUCUCCAACGCUGAAUAUCCUGUAUAGGAAAGUGUAAUGCGGAUGUGAUUUAGGAGGGACUGUGUGUGUGUGUGUGUAACUUUCUUGGCGUAUUUGAACAUAAUGUUUCUGUAGCACUGCCUAUUGCAUUAAGUGUCAACGAUUUGUAAACAAAAAACAAUCUAUCGUGUUAAAGUGAUUUUACAGGUUUAAAAUGUACAAUGUAUCGUAUCCAGGGCAAAUUGAACUGAGGUGGGUGUUGAUCAACAAAGAUAACUGCGAGUCUGUGCUCUGCAAACAGGAUGACCGUGUAAUCUGGUCUAGUGGCAUCUGUCAUUAGAAUAUCUACUGAAGCCUUAAGGAAACACCUGUGUAGCCACUAGAAUUAUUGCUAACUUCUUGCGAAUUAAAACAUUCAUGCACUGUGUUGAAAAAAUAUAUAUAAAAUAAACAUAAAAAAAGCUGCAGUUUCAUUCUGAAGGGCACAACUUAUUAUACAGUGGCCAUUUGUUUAAACUUUUUUUUGUGUGUAUGUGUAAAUCCAGUUUGGAGGAUUUAAAACAGGACUGUUGGUCUGUCUUUUAGAAAUGUUUUUUUUUAUUUUAUGUGUGAAGAUGGCAACAUUCCUGUCUAACACAAUUUGUGUAUAAAUAAAGUUUAUUAGAGAAUAAUUUUACAAGAAAAA